AUGAUUUUACAGUUAAUUAUUGUUUCAUUGCAAUUGUGUGCCAUCAAAAAUUCACACUCUUUGGAGAAUAGCUUCUUCACGCAAUCAGACACAUAUCCAGGUUUUGUCACGCGAAUCAAUCAGAGAGCUUUGGAUUUAUUGGCUGAUUAUUUAAAAGAACGCGUCAAUAGGUUCAUGCAUCAUGGCAAAACUAUUUUCAAUUUUUCUGCACCACUUACAAACGAGGUAACAUUUAGUCUCUUAUCAACGAAAGUUAUUGGUCAUGAUUCGAAAAUAUUCCAAUCACGAUUGUUCGUUGUCCCUGAGCAGGGUAUCAUUUGGAUGGGCUCUUAUUUGAACCUUUCAAUUGAUAUAGCUUUCAAAGUUACCACUCCUGCUGGUGAUGUUUAUGGAUCCGCGAUACUUCAAAUUGACAGCGCAAAAGUGAAAUCGUUUUUUGUGGCAAUUAUCAAUCAUAAUGGCCAUCUUCGGACCGAUCUACAAAAAUGUUCAUUCUUACCAGGCAGUGUUGUGAUGAAUCUCAGUGCUACAGAUCCUUUACUUUUGGUCAAUUAUUAUCCUCAGAUUGAUCGUUUCAUCAAAGAAAGAAUCGAAUUGAUAAUAUGUUCAAGUUUCAAUAUUGAACUUGUGCCAAUUAUUUCAAAUCGUCUUAUGAACACUCCGAUGAGUGCAAAGUUGUUUAGUCACUAUUACCUGAAUUAUGGCUUCAUUAGUCAAAUACAAUAUUUACCCAAUGCAAUUGAACUGAAGCAUCGAGGCAAUGUAUUCAGUAUUGUAAAACAGGGUCUUAAUAGGCUCAACGAUUUCCGAUUACCCUUUCCAUCAGCACCACUAACAGUGGAUACUCCGGAUGAGUCGGAAAAUCAGGCAAUGCUUGAAUUUACAAUGUCCAAUUAUACACUGGCCAGCUUACUUUAUUGGAUGGAUCAAUACCAGAAUUUUAAUUAUGAAAUAAGUGAACAAAGCAUGAAAAAUACACUUUUGGAAGGUUAUUUAAGGACCAAAUGUGGCACUGAGGAUGUUUGUGCUGGUACUUUGUUUCCCGCUUUAAGUGAUCGUUAUCCGAAUGGUAUGGUGCAAAUUAAAUCACAUACAACCACUUAUCCGAGAGUUCACUUUGAACAGAAUAAAGGAAUAAUUGUGAUUUGGAGUCAAGUGGAUGCAUUUGUGCAACAAGGUGAGCGUACGCAUCAUUUCAUGACAUCUGGUAUGAUGGCCGAAUUGAAAAUAGAGAGAAGCAAUUUCCAAAACUAUUCUUUAACAUCGGAUAUGCGUGUCGAUAAAUUUAGAAUUUUCGAUGUGAUAAGUUUAGUCGAUGGCAUUGAUGAAACUAGUCUGGAAUUCCUCGUCAGCGCUCUUAAUGAAUUAUUAAUUGCCAGUGAUGUUGCAAGGAAACUUAGUGACGGUAUAAAAAUGCCAAUUUUGUUUGAUUUUGCUCAAAAAUCAACAAAUAUUAUAUUUGAAAAGGAUCGGAUAAGGAUAGCGAUCGAUUUUUGUCUCGAACAGAUUUGUUCUGAGAGUUCGAUUGCAGAAAGCAAUGAUUUUGAUUAUUACGAUAGUAUCAACUCAGCAAACUCAACAGCGGAGUUAUUGCAAUAG